ACAAUUUUGUCACCUGUGCGGAAAAGGGCAAAGAUGGCGAUAUUCAGUGUGUAUGUUGUAAAUAAGGCUGGGGGGUUAAUUUACCAGUAUGACAAUUAUGUACCGAGAGCAGAAGCAGAGAAAACAUUCAGCUAUCCUUUAGAUCUGGUGUUAAAGAUCCACGAUGAGAAAGUUGUUGUAUCAUUUGGUCAACGCGAUGGGAUCCGAGUGGGACAUACUUUACUUUCCAUCAAUGGAGUGGACGUCAACGGCAAGUUCACAGCGGAUGGGAAGGAAAUCAUCGAAUACUUGAAAGACUCAACAAACUAUCCGGUGUCCAUACGGUUCGGAAGGGCUCGCUUGAGUUCCAAUGAAAAACUGAUGCUGGCUUCAAUGUUUCAUUCGUUGUUUGCUAUUGGUUCACAGCUUUCCCCUGAAGUUGGCAGUUCAGGAAUUGAGAUGCUGGAAACAGAUAUGUUCAAACUGCACUGUUUUCAGACACUCACUGGUAUAAAGUUCAUUGUGCUGGCAGACGCCCGGCAGUCUGGCAUUGAUGCACUCCUGAGGAAGAUUUAUAAGAUCUAUUCAGACUUCGCCCUCAAGAACCCCUUCUACUCUUUGGAGAUGCCUAUCAGGUGUGAACUCUUUGAUCAGAAUUUGAAGGGUGCAUUGGAGAUAGCAGAUAAAGCUGAUAACUUUGGACCUGUAUCUUGAGCAGGAACAAAGAUUAAUUGCUCCUUUUUGUUGUUGAACCAAUCCAUUGAAUUGUGUUUGUUGUGACUGGGAAGCUACAGUACAUUGCAUAUGGGUCAACAUGUCUCCAAGCAGUGCUGAUAUUUCAGAACUAAUGUUGAUUAACUUGUAUAUGAGAAGGAUAUGUUAUACUGGGAUACAAUGUAAAUACUUUUUUAUUUUUUCCAUACUUUAAGAAUAAACACCACUGUAAUGUUAUCAUCUCCUCUACUCACGUUUCAAUGCAAUCCUUUAGAAGUAAAAUCAACCACAACAUAAGGUAUUUUAUUCAAGUCUUUUAUCAAAUCAAACAGAUUGCACCCAUUUUAAGGAGAUAUGUCAAGUGCCAUUUUCAAAAGUGAACAGUACAUUAAAGUGCCUUGGUUUCAAAUGAUCAGAUUAUGCUCAAAUUGAAAUCAUAUUGACACACAUUUUCAAUAUUUAAAUCUAGGGUGUACUUUAUGCCAUGAGCAUUGAAAAGAGUUUCAAGUAACACAACAUAGUUGAUGUACUUGCACCUGAAUACAUCUUCAGUGAAAAUAAAUAAUCCCUGGAUCAAC